UCUUCCAGGCGCCCAACCUUUUCCGGGUUCGGUUUCCGUGGGUUUUCCCUAAACAGCCCCGGGAAACGGGAACGUGCCCGCUUUGCGGACAGGAGAACCAAAGCUCAGAGAAGUUAACCUGGCCUAAGUUGCAGAGCGUGGACAACCACCGCCCCCCGCCCAUCCAGCCAUCCAGCGUCAGUGCUUUCUCCUCCACCCCUCUCCCUCCGGGAACAUUAGAAGCUAUUGAACAGAAAAAGACGUUGCUGACCUCCCGGGCGGGACAGGGGUGAAAGUACUCCAUAAGAGCCUCAGCAGGAAGGACGGGCUGAUAAGGGGCUGCUUUUGUAUAAGGGUUAAGAGCGGACUCUUCCUGGCUCUGCCGCUCUGGGACUGGCUGUGUGACCUCAGGAAGUGACUUGCAGUUAACUUCCCUGGGCCUCCAUUUCCUGCUUUCUGCCAGUGGUCAGUAACACAGGUGCCCACCUCAUGGGGCUGGAGGAGUUGGCACACAGGCUAACAGUGUAUCAGGGGGUUGUGGCUGGAGGUGAAGCUUUGCUUCCAAGAAGCGUUUUGUCCUUACUCUCUACCCGCCUUCUGCUGUCUGUAGUCUGAUCUCAGGAGUGACUUCUCAGCAAAUGAGGAUGUAGUAGCCAGAAACUGAAGACUGGUGUCAGUCAGAGCAUCUUCCAGAGUAGCAAGUGGGCUGUUUAGGGCUGCCGUACAAAUGACUGUAUCUCAGUGGCAACUGAGAUAAAGCAACAGAAUCUGAUGCUCUUACGUUUCUUGGGCCGGCAGUCAGACCCAGGUGUCGGUAGGCCAUGCUCCCUCUGAGAGCUCUAGGGGAGGUCCUUCCUCCCUCUUCUGGUCCCCUCUUGGGGGACUCCAGGCAUUCCUUGGCUUGUGGCCGCACCCUCCAGUCUCUGCCUCCAGUCUGGCACAUAGUCUUGUCAGUGGAUUUAGGACCCACUUGAAUAAUCUAGGAUGACCCCCUCAUCUCAAGAUCCUCAGCUUACUCACAUCUACGAAGACUCUUUUCCAAACCUGCAGGCAGCGAUGGAGAUCAUCUGUGAUAACGUGGGGAAGGACUGGAAGAGGCUGGCUCGUCACCUCAGCGUGUCUGACAUCAAGAUCGAAGCCAUCGAGGAGAAGUACCCCCGAAACCUGGCGGAGCAGGUGAGGGAGCUGCUGAGGGUCUGGAAGAGCAGCGCGAGGCAGGACGCGGCUGUGUCCCGCCUGGUGGGCGCGCUCCGGGGCUGCCAGCUGAACGUGGUGGCGGACCUCAUCGAGGAGGACCAGCGGGCCCAGGCCCGCCAGAGCGGGAGCACCGACCCCGGGCCCCUCAUGGCCUGGGACUCGGGCUCCGCCACCCCAGGAGCCUCCUGACGACCCAGCAGCUCUUUCGCAGGGACCAAGGGCGGCUGCACAGUCCUGACCACAUCGCGUCCGUGCCAGCCCCGUGAAGACUCAGGGAGGCGGCUGUGGGCCCGCGCUUCUCUGUGCCAGGUGGGCAGGGGGCACCAUGGUCGCCCCAGGAGGGCGACACUGUCGUCCCCAUUUAACAAGUUCCUCCGGAGGGCGUGUGGCACCGCACCCAGUACUAAGGAGGGGUCUGUGAUACCCGGUGCUGUCACUGGUGCUCCUGGACACGAGAGGACGUGCAGCAUCGAGGAGCUGGGGGCUGGGCUGGCGUCCAGUGCUGCCCAGCUCCAGAGCCCAUGCUUGGAAGCCCUGGCUCGUUCUCCCGCCCCUGCGCUUGCCCAAGGCUUGGAGGCUGGUGGUGCCGACCGUCUCCAGGGCGGGUGGCAUAGGGGUGAGGCGCGCCCUCACAGGGCUGGGAGGCGGCCCAGACUCUCAGGGCUUGGGGGAGCCAGCCUCCUGCCGUGGGGCCAGGCAGCGAGCACUCGGCACGUGCUGGUUCUCAGGCGUAUCGUGACUCCAGUUCCACGGUGCAUCGCUGAAAACCACUUUUUCUGAUAACAAAACUGGCAAGGGAGCUGAAUCCUGUGAUUCUAAGAAGCAACUUUUCUUCCUGCUUCUAAGGUAAUCCUAUUGAAGCAAGUGCCUUUCCAGAGGAACCCUCCACAAAAGGAGGUUUCAGCAGACAGAGAGGACAAAGAAUUUCCUCUUCCCACUGAGGGUGAUUUUCUUUUACGUAUUCUCGGAAGUUCCACAGUAGCCAGUUUCAGUGUCCCUUGAAGGUCAUCACAGGCCCAGCCUGUGAGGAGGGGGCCUGCGUUUUCUACCAGCUCCAGGGACCAUGCCAAAGUGGGUGUUUACCCCGGGGAGCCGUGAUCUGCCAGAGGGCAGUGCUCACCUGCUGUGGGUACUCACUGCCUCCCUGUAGGAGGCAUCCGAGAGCCCAGCCUCGUGCCUUCUAGCUGUGACCUUGGGAAAGCUCCCGACAUCAUGCCAUGCCACCUUGACCUUGGGUUGCCAAGACCCUAGCAGCACUCCCCGCCCGGCUGUGGGCCCAGCCUCCAGCAGAUACUGACGGCGUCAGGCAGUGCUCGCUGAGCCCAGGCAGCAGACAAGACAGAAGCGGCCCUUCUCAGUUGACUCCGAAGCCUGGCUGGGAACACGGGUGUUAACCAUGCAUCACAAGUGUGGGAGCUGAGCCCAUUCAGUCCCAGAGCCAUGUGGUCCGGCCCAGGGUGAUGUGCUGAAGAGGCUUUGGGUCAGGGCGAGUCUGUGUUUAGUAGUAACAUAAUCACCACCAAUAAAGGUGGGGCUUGGCCGA